AUUUACUAUAUCCUUGAUCCCACACCUCCACCGUUGAUUUCGAGAUACCCAGUCUCCCUUUUCAACUACUAGUUAGUAUCUCAUUUACAUCAGUCAUGACCACCAAGUGCACUAAAGCAUGUCCACAAUGUGGAUACUCAUCUGAUACCGCUCCUCUACAUCUUCCUCUAGCUAAGGCCCGCAUCGAUAACUUCCUACAUACCAACGAUUUCUUCACCGAAGAGGAAGGGAAUAUCUUCCGAUCGUUCAUAGGCAACGGCCAAUCGAAACUCAAUCACCUUGAGGCUCGCAUUAUCUCGGUGAAGGCCCUCCUUGCUGAGCUUGAAGGUGCCAAAGCUGAGCUUGUCAAGGCACUUUCAGAGCAGAAAAAGAUACUCAAUCCUAUGCGACGUAUGCCUGAGGAUCUGCUGGUGGAGAUAUUCUUACAGGGUGCUGGGAUUUAUACGGAUCCUGGAGAAUAUUUCCCUUCUGCAGGUCAUUCUCUUGAUCUUGGCUCUCCUCCGUGGACGUAUAGCCGGGUGUGUCGUCGCUGGAAAGAUAUAGCCAUGCGCACACCUAGAGUUUGGACUCGAGUCAAAAUCGAAGCAGAUCGCCUUGUCAGCCACCGACGAUUUCCAUCACGCAAAAAUGGCACUGGUAACAAUCGGCUUCCUUUGGGUCUUUCCCUUCUAUCUAGUUACCUCAGUCGGUCAGCCGCACUUCCUCUUGCUAUCUACCUCGAUAUACCCGUUUCAUCUUCGGAUGAUCGUGCCUAUGGAAUAUCUGUUCUUAUAUCCUCUCAUUCUCGGCGAUGGGAAUCUCUAUAUCUGGGUGGAAGUCAAGGUUCCAAUCUCGGGAGCAUGGUCUUCUCGCAAGACUCCUUUCCAUUGUUAAGAACUUUGCGAGUACAAUUGGACUGUAAUGUGCAAACAGUUGAUAUACCUGCACCAAACCUAAAAUCGUGGGUGACCAUCGGCAAAGCGUAUUUGUCCCAAGUUAAUACUACGCUCUCGGUCGAACUCCAUGCCCAAAUUACAGAUUAUUCAAUUUCAAACUUUCCAUACGAUGCUGUUCUGAGGAUGUCUACACUACUUUCUCGCCUGCGAAGACUAGUAGUGCGAGAAUUAAAACCAAAGCACGGUUGGGAUUCUUUCCUGAAUUCUGGGUGUUUUCGUGGUCUCCAAGAACUUGUGGUAGAACAGUCAGAGAGUCCAGGUGCAUUGAAUGUCCUUCAAGCAUUUUUCAACUCGAUAACUUGCCCCGCUCUCACAUCUUUAUCUAUCAUUGCUCAUGAUUCACUGAAGUCCGUCAUCCAAGAUUUUGAAAAGCGAUCCGCUUUCAAUCUUGGUCAUUUGGAUAUCACAGGACAUACGCGGAUCUUAGAAGGAAGCCUUCAGAACACUGCAGCCCUCAAAACACUUGUGCUUAGAGAUAUUGGGAAGACAUCCGAACUUUCUGUUGCAAGUGUCUUUUCGUAUUUAGAUUCAACCACAGUGUCUUUGGGUCCGGGAUCGUCAUUGGGCAGUCCCUUCCCCGCACUACAUCGAUUGGAGCUUCAUUUAUGCUCAACACCUGUCUUGAUGGAAUAUGAUACGAUGGAGGCACUGUUUCUAUGUCUUUCUUCUCGUCUCGAUUCUUCCUCCCAUAGUAACAGUGUGUCACCUCUUGAAGUAUUCAUCACUGCGCCGGAUGGGCAAGCUAGGAAGAUGCUUGACCAUCCUCGAUUAGGGGAACUUCGUUCGCUGGGAAUAAAAGUCGAUAUUGUAGCUUUGUGAUCACGCUGGUUGUUACAUAUGCGCCAUACUAGUAUUCUGCCAUACGAUACUAUAGUCAAAUACUUCAAAAUCCAUCGCGGGGCCCAUUUCUCACAUUGCCGACAUUGUUCUAUGCACAUUUCCCUUGUUUUUGUUUUUGGUGGAGGCGGAGGAUACAUAUCGAGUCUGGUCGACUGGAAAUCAAUGGGCAUACGUACUAUGAAGUUGUAUCAAGAGAUGGGGAAUUUCAGUUUGGCUUGAGUAUUAGCGAUCU